GAUUGAUUCGGCAAAAUUGCAAGGCUCGCUGCAGCAUUGCAUGAGCAUACAAUCUAAACUUGCCAUCCCAGCCCGCAUUGUGUGGUUUGUUACUGAAGUUGCUAUUGAGCCUGAUCUCUUGGCUAUUCAAGAAUGCCACUCAUCAAUGUUGUCGUUAACAAGGAGGCGGGCCUUGACGCCAAGAAAACGCUGGCGAAGGCCAUUACGGAGUUGUUCGCGGCGGAGUGCAGGGUCCCCGCUAGCCACGUUCAUGUUGUAAUUCUGGACAACCAGUUCAUCUCGUUUGGUGCGGAUUCUGAGAAGGCCGCUGCAUACAUCACGGUCAAGUCUAGCCAGCUGCAGAUCCUGCCCGAGGCGCGUCGUAGCCUGGUUUCGGAGAUCGUACCUGCCUUGAAGGCCGUCAUCCCAGAUCUAGACGGAUACCGCAUCAACACCUUCUUUGAGGACCUCCCGGUGGAGAACAUCGCCAUCGGACCCAACAUCGCCACCUUCUCCAAGCCAGGUGGCGGCCGGGGCAGCGCUGGCGGCGGCGGUGGCAGCAUCGGCGGUGCAUCGGACGUCUCUGCGCACUGAGCAUUGAGGAGAGGUGGAAGGGGAGGGAAGUGAGGGGGCUAGGGGUGGGUGGGGAAACGGAAGGGAAGGAUGGAUCUGGGCGUGGGAAUGCGAGCGUGACCCAUGGGUCGGCGUCUCUUGCCGCGCGGGCCGACAGUGCUGGAUCUCUGCAGAAGGGUUUUGGGCUGGUUGGUCUAUUAAAGAUGGAUUGGAGUGGAGCAGACACGCGGAAGCAGGAUGGCGGGUGGUGAUAUGACCCUUGGGUCAGCCAUGAUGGUGGGAGGGAAGAUAAAAUUAGUCAUCAACAGGAGUUGGCUUACAGUGUGUUCCGUGUCAAAGCGCAGGUAUGGGUUUGGCUGAACGUGACCUUGAAGCAGGUGCAAGGGGUUUGUCAUACCUCAGUUGCAUGCAAGCAGCUGAAGCAAUGUGCAGGCAUCAUUCGCUGCUGUUGCUACAGCCGCAGCGUUGCAGGUCGCUGCAUGCAACUUCUUCGUUUCAUCACCCGAUGUUGCAAAGUAGUAAGAAGUUCCAAAGUUAGCAGUGUAGGCGUGCGCUAUGCUCUUGGGCAUGCAUCGCCUGAGCCAACGCUUUUAGCAAGUUGUAGUACCUACAAAAAAUAGGAGGGGGGAGGAAUGAUGCGUGGGUGGCAGUAGGUAUGUGCAGGUAUGUGCGUGAAGGGGGACCUUGGUGGAGGAGGAGGGAGGAGGACACGGUCUGUGUGGGUGUGUGGGAAGGGUUUGGGCAGUUUGGGAGGUCUUUCUGAUGGUAUCAUGGAAGCGCAUUUACGCGUGUGGGUUUGUUGGAUUGAGGAGCCAAUGCUUCCUGAAUUGUUUCCCCGAGGAAAGGUGCAUCGAGGUGCAUGUUUAGGGCCCUUUAGGGCAGGGGUUUAGACGGGGGUUUAGGUAGGGGUGCAUGCUAAACCUUAGGUUAUCAGGUAUGUGGCUGUGCUCUUGUGUGUUUUUCUGCAUGGUUGGAACUUCCAUGUUGGCCUGCAGGGUCAAUGUUCCUACUCCAACCUUAAUCCUAGUACGCAUGUCAUGUCAUGGCAUGGCAUGCAUUCCGAUGUCCCAGUAUGUGCCCUGGGCUGGGUUGGGAGGCGUCAGGUUGCACGCAACAGCGCUAAACAGGCAUACACAAGACUGAUGUAAGCCAAAGGUCAUCACAUUUGGCUUUCAAGAAUAGAGGGAAGUGGGUGGAAUCGGGUGGUUCGUACGGUAUCUCUGUCGUACAUGUAAUGCAAUUGUGCACGGCAUCUUUUGUGUUAGGGAAACUGGCCGCGAAUCCGCUGUGUUCGUCCUGCUAAUGUCAUUUUGGGGAAACCAACUUGUGUCGUCUAGUGCUGCUUUCCGUGUUCUCGCCGUGUUGUAAACCCAAAGGGCUGGUGUUAGGUCCCGCGGUUAUUACCCAUAAGACAGCUGGUGCCUUGCGGUUGGCACCCCAAGGCACAUAAAUGAAAUCCUUAAAAUCCCCCCUGAAAAUCGCUC